AUGAAAACAAUAAUCAUUGUGGCACUCUUAAUUGCUUUUUGCUUAGGGUAAAGACUAAGCUUCAACGAUGCAAAUUGCAAUAAAUAUUUGCUCAAGUUCGGAACAGCUAAUAAUGCUGAUGGAUCUGGAGCCACAAAGUUGGCUUUUACAGGGGAUGUUGCCUUUGUUACUGGAUCCACAGAUGUUAAGGUGAACCUUAGAUAUUCCGAUGUUGAUCUUUUCAAUGACCCAACGUAUUUCGGUCUUGUUUAAGAAGAUGGAAAAACAGCAGCUACCACAUGUCUUGAUCUUAAGUUAUGGAAAUUCACUUCGAAUACUUAUUCUGACCCAGUUUAGGUUACUGAUUUGCCCAUUACAGGGACAAAUAACUUCCAAAAACAAUGGAGAUAUUAUUCAUUCACAAUCCCAGGAAAGGAUUUAGGAACUAGAUUAGUUUAAACAACAAAUUCCAAUCAAUUUAUCUACAAAGGCUAUUAUGCUAUUGCUUAUUAUGCAGCAGGAACUGAUUAAGUGUAAUACACUUUCUUUUUUGAAUUCUCUCUCACUGUUGACAAAUCAAGUGGUGCUUCAGUUGACACAGCAUUCAAGCCAUUAACUUAAACAGCCACAGCAGGAUGUGCUGUUGGUGCAUCUUGCAACGCAAAAGCUGAUACAAUCUUAAAAUGGUGCACAGACUUAGCGUGCACAGCAUUUGCUCAACCAGAUUUGCACUUGAACGACUAGUUUGUUCUCCAAUAAGUCGUUACAACUAGCGGUAUGAACUAUUAUUUGACUGGAACUGAAGUAUGGUAUACUGGUAAUGGAUUGAAUAAGAAAGCAACAAUAGUUUCAGUUAAUAAUUCAGUCAAAGGUCAAGUAAUUAUCUAAUUAAAGGCUGAAAUUGCUUGGAGAUCAGUCACUAUCAAAGUUACCUCCACUUUAUCCAACACCUAAACAGGAGCAAGAAGACUUUUAACAGAAUAAAUUACCUAUGAUUCAGUAAGUGGACAAACAGAACCUAUAGAAUGCAUCAAGGCUGAAGGAUCAGAAAAAUGCCCAACAUGCGAUGAAGAAAAAGCUGCAAAUGGAUAUUCCAGCGAUGGAUGUGUCGAUGGAGAUAAUUCAUCAUCUAAUGGGUAUAUUUUAGCAGCAGGAUUAUUUGCCAUUUUUAUCAUGGUGUGAUUAUUUUUUAUGUAGAGGCAUUAUAAACAAAC